AUGAACAAUUCUGAAAAGCGCCGUCCAGGCACCGGGAAUCCGUCUACCCAUACCCUACGAACCGGUGCUUCGAACAACAACAGCCGAACCAGUAUGCCUGCCAUGCCUGCAAAAGUCGCCAUGGCUGCCACCACCAACGCGACCCCCGAAGAGACACAUGAGACCACCAGCAACAGCGGUGGUGCCCCGCUCAAAGAGAAGGAGAGCACAGCUACAAGGACCAACAGCACAAAAGAAAAGGACCGUGACAAGGACCGCAAAGAACGGAGGGAGAAAAGGGAAAAAGAGCGCGGGCUCGAGGCUGCUCUGAAAGAGAAAGAUGAGAAGAUUGCGUAUCUGGAGAAGGAGAUGGGCAUCAUGGAACGCGAAUUCCACCGCGAAUUGGACAAGCUGAGCCAAAACGAAAGCGAGACGGCGACAUUCUGGCAGGCCAAACACAGCGCAUUGAACCAACAAUAUCUACGGACGGAUACGGAGCUACGACUUUUGCGCGCCGAAGUUGAAGUACGAGAGGGCGAGCGCGAAGAACUUCGAGAAGGCUGGGAAGUUCUACGACGAGAACUAAAAGAGCGAGACGAUGAGAUUCGAGGGCUAAGGGGCCAAGUACGCGGAUUGAAGGAGUGGGUGAGUAGCAGCACAAGAACAGAUGGCCAAGAGUGCGACGAGGUCUUUGGCGAUGGAAUGGCUAGGCUAGGCAAUGGUCUUCAGAAUUGGGUCAUUGUGAACUUUCGCAAGGCCAAGAUAAAUCUGGAGAAUCUAGACGAGGCGACGUUGGCUGAGAUUAGCGAGCUUGUGCCCAUGUAUGAGGAGCUCGCAUCAUCGCACAAGGUUUAUCUUCUACAAUCUAUUGUGUCAAGGAUAUUAGUCGAGAUGGUGUUUGACGCCUACUUUGUCGGCUUGACAGACGAGCAGACGCAACAAUUUCGACAACUGGAAAAACUGCUAUCUUCAUAUGCCGACUCUGACGAAGCCAUCAACCAUUGGCGAUCCUCUACUCUGUCUCUUCUCCGCCGAGACUCAUCUUCUCUGAAGGAAUCAACAUCAUCCAUUACAGAAGUCAUUUUAAAGCGAAUAACCCGUCUUCUCGACGCCCUAUGCGGUACAUCUCCCUCAGAAGCUCGAGAUAGUGGACUACGAGUUCUUGUCAACAACUCCGUCGAGCUGGCACGCCUUGUUGCCGUCCAGAAAGCCGUUCUUCGCGUGAACAUGCCCACAGUAUUACCGCACCAAAGAAUAAUGUUCGAAUCUGAAACCAUGGAAGAUCUAGGCGGAGAAGACGAAGAAUCACUAACGGGAAGAGAAAUCUGCUGUGUCGCUUUCCCAGGGGUGAUUAAACACGGCGAUGAGCAUGGAGGGCACUUACAAUACCGAAAUGUUAUACUCAAAGCAAGGGUUCUAUGUAGCCCUGAGCAGUAG